UUGCAGUAUGCCAAACUGAUACUCCCUCAUGUGGCGUUGGUGCUGCUUACAUGUGCCUAUACAGUGCUUGGUGCAUCCAUUUUCUACACGGUGGAGCGACCACACGAAAUGGAAAUGAAACAGCAUCAGUUGAAAAUGAUCUACUCUCGUCAGGAUGAGUUCGUCAAUAGUCUCAUUCGAUUAGCCUCAGUCAAUACCACAGAGCGAAUCGAUUGGGAACUGGUUGCUCAACAGCAUCUCCACAACAUGUCCGAUCAGUUGUUUGUGGCGUUCGAAAAAUACUUUCUGACGAGCAAUGAGGUGAAGAAGAAUACUACGGCAGAAAUUUGGUCAUUUUCUACUGCUAUAUUCUUCGCAGUCACCGUGGUGACAACAAUCGGUUAUGGCAAUCCAGUUCCCGUCACCAACGUUGGCCGCAUCGUGUGCAUCAUGUUCUCGUUGUUUGGGAUCCCACUUACUCUCGUCACCAUCGCCGAUCUUGGCAAAUUCCUUUCCGAACACCUUGUUUGGAUGUACGGCAACUACCUGAAGUUAAAACAUUUCCUGUGCGUCCGACGACGAGGCGAACGAAAGGAACGGAGAGAACAUGUGUGUGAGCACUGCCAGCGACAUGGAAUCGGCCACGAUAUGCAUGUCAUCGAAGAGCAGCGGAUUCCUGCGCUUUUGGUGUUGGCUAUUCUGGUGUUGUACACAGCACUGGGUGGUGUAUUGAUGUCGAAACUGGAGCCAUGGACGUUUUUCACUUCAUUCUAUUGGUCAUUCAUUACAAUGACAACUGUCGGGUUUGGUGAUUUAAUGCCACGUCGUGACGAGUAUAUGUAUUUCAUUUUGUUAUAUAUUAUUUUAGGUCUUGCUAUUACAACCAUGUGUAUCGAUUUGGUUGGCGUUCAAUAUAUCCGGAAAAUUCACUAUUUCGGUCGAAAAAUACAAGAUGCCCGUUCAGCCUUGGCUGUCGUCGGUGGAAAGGUUGUUCUGGUGUCCGAGUUAUACGCUAAUCUGAUGCAAAAACGAGCACGAAAUCUCUCAAAAGAGGCCUUUAUCAUAGAAAAUUUGUAUAUAUCGAAGCAUAUAAUACCUUAUAUUCCGAGCGAUAUUCGUUUGAUACGAUAUAUCGACCAACAUCCAGAAGGAUCGUUGUCGACGUCAUCGUCAUCUCUCGACUUGCAGAGUUGCCGAUUCUGUCAUUCACGAUUCAGCUUUAAUCUACAAAAUCGACCUCCUCCUGAACAUUAG